UUUGCACCUAGAAAGUCAGGGCUGCAUUUUAUAUCUCCUCAGGGGGAAUAAGAGACUUUCUUUCUCUACGAAAUCGGCGAGGCAGCUGCUAAAGGGCAGCUUGUUUAGGGAGUUGACAGAGCCUGGUUGUGGGCACAGUCGGCGUCUCUCUUCUUUAUCCACCAAACCCAUUAGGGCUACUCUCUUUCCAGGAGAUGGAAUUGGCAAAAGACAAAACUUGGAUGCCAAAGUCAACGAGAAGAGAAGAAGAAUUACUCCUAAUUUGUUUCCCUCCCUAAAACCACGGCAAAAGACAAAACUGGAUGUCAAAGUCAACAAGAAGAGAAGAAGAAUUGCUCCUAAUUUGAUAAAAGAAGAGAAAAACUUGAGAAGUUUCUACAAAGAGAUCAUGGUUCAUGGGGAUCCCUCCCCGUUUUGCAGUGGGGACCCGUUUUGCAGUAGGGAAGAAGAUGAGGAAAGAAAAUCAAAAUUAGAUCAUUUAAGAGAAAUGUUCAAGAAUGUUGAAAAAAAUGGGGAUGUUAUUGGCCUGGCCCUAAAGAAAACCCCAUCAUUUGUAGACCUUAUGGAGAAACUCUUCAAAGCACCAACAGCUUUGGCUUGUGAGGAUGAAGAGGAUGUCAUGGAUUCAGAAAAGGAUGAUACUCAGUUGGAUUCAGAAAUCAUGGAUUUAGAAACCAAGGCAUUGAGUAAGAAGACCAAGAAGACCAAGGCUGAGAAGCAGCAGAACAAGGCCAUUAAUUUCCCUGCAACAUCUCUAACAAUUGGCACAUGGGAGCUCAUUGCGAAGAAUCCUGGAGAAUUGACGGGAAAAUGCUAUUUUGGUCAACGCAGAUUGGUUUGGGAGAUUUUGGAAGUUAAUUGCAAAUUGAAGAAGAAAAUGGAAAUGCAAUGGUCAGACAUUACUGCUAUGAGAGCAUCCUUUCCCGAAGACACAACACCAACUUUCGAAAUUGUGUUGUGUCGGACUCCUCAAUUCCAUGAAGAAAUUGAGCCGCAGCCCAAAAAGCAUACUCAAUGGCGUCUUGCAUCUGAUUUCACAGGAGGCCAGGCAUUGAAGCACAGGAAACAUUCUCUUAGAAUCCCUGACUUCCAAAAGCACUAUGAUAAGCUUUUACAACAAGGACAAAGCCUCCGUGAUCUCAGCUUGAAAAGCUUUCCAAGUUCGGAGAAUUUGUACUUUGGAUCCUUCACAUAUGAAAGACUCUGGUAUGGUGGCUUUGAGCCUGUAUUUGCAGUUGAGCAUGAAUAUGGAUGUGGAGCAGAAACUAUGUGUUACCUACCUCAGUAUGCGGUUGGCCAUCAAGUUGUAAAUCCAGUAUUGCCGGCUUGUCUGCAAGUUCAAAAUAUAGAAUCAACUUCAGUCAAAAAUAAUAUCGUGCUCAUGGAAGCCAGCGAGGUUGAUGCUGCUACUAGAUUCCAACUUGAAACAACCAGUUGCGUGGAUCCCAGUGUAAAUUUGGGAAGAGACAUGAGAACAAACUAUCUUCAAUUUGUGCACAACGCAGGCUUGGGCAGAGAGAUCAGAAGUAAUGAUUCUCAAAACAUGUUUAAUGCAGCAAGCAUGAUUCAUGAAACCCCACCCACCAAUAAUCUUCAAUUCAUGCACAACACAGGCUUGGGCAGAGAGAUGAGAAGUAAUGAUUCUCAAAACAUGUUUAAUGCAAGCAUGAUUCAUGAAACCCCAACCAUCACAGGACCAACUUUGCCUGGAAGCAUCAAAGUCCCACCAACCCUACACAUUCCACCUCCAACUUUGGAGGUCCCCAACUUUGAAGUCCCAACAAGUGGUACCCACGGGUACUCUUAUCCGUACUUAGGCUAUGGCGAGAGGGUCGAAUCAAACCAUGCUAGCAGUUACCACAUAACCCAUCCUGGCAGUGGGGCCCAUGCCACCUAUGGUGGAAGCAGGACCCACUCAAGUUUUCUAGACCGUGCCGGUUAUGACCACAUGAACUAUGAAAGUGGAGCCCUCACGACCUACACUAGUGGGGCCCACCAAGCAGGCUGCAAUGGGGAGCCAAGUAACUAUGAAAAUGGUUUUGUGCAAAGUUAUCACAGAACGCAGGAAGGAAACAUGGGAUACUCCAUGAUAGGAAGCAGGGGAAAGUUCUAUGGCGACAAUGCAGCCCACACAAUCUACACCAAUGGGGCCCACCAAACAGACUAUAGUGGGGCACAAGGUAACAAUGAAUGGUCUCCAAUUAACAAUGGAAAUCAUUUCACUCUAAAAGAUCUUAGAGUGGAGGAAGGAAACAAGGGAUUAUUGUAUAGCUAGAAUCCCAUGAUAGGAAGCAGUGGAGACCUAAGUAGCCAGAAUCCCAUGAUAGGAAGCAAUGGAGACUUGAAUCCUGUGAAACCAUUAUCUGAAAAUGGCUCUGUGGACGCGGAAUUCGUCGAAGGAGGUUCAUUUGGAUUUCCUGGUUCAUUUGGAUUUCUUGUAACGACUCACUCAAUGACAUCUGCUCUAGGAUGCUUUAUGAUCAGGAUGAAGAUUUCAAGAUUAUGUGAAUUGAGCACAGUUGUUAUUGCAAUUGGUCUCAUUCUUACUUCAUCUUCUUUUCAUGGUUAGAUUCAUUUUAAUGGUGGAUUUGUGAUUCUAGGGCUUUUUGAAUCACUCAAAGGAUUUUUGAAACGGUUUCUUGUUUUGAAGGUGGUUAAAUUCGUUAUUAUCUAGUGUUGUAUCAGAAUAACCCAAAAAUUGAAGUCUUUAUUUAGAAGGGAGUUUCAUCCCAGA